AUGGGACAAAUCACAUUUUUUACUCUUGAAUAAAAUAUGCAUGAACAAAAAUGUGUUGCAUAACUAAUUUUAACUUUCACCCUGACUUACAUCCAGAUACAACCCCCUGUCUUACUCGUGUACAAUGCAGCCGACCAAGACUAUUUACUAGCUUAAAGUAAUUUUUGUAUCAGAAUCAUUCCACUAGUGUCUUACAUCUAGCUAAAUCUACCUUAAUGUCCUGUCGAAAUGUGCCUAAUCAUGUCAAUGGCCAAUUGUUAGAGACGUAAACAGUCUGUCAUGUCAUAUGAUGUUACCAUAAUUCAUAUCAGCUAAUUAUGCAGUUUUGUUGGUUGUUUUUGUUUUCACUAGGCUAUUUAAGAUUACAUUUUAAAAUAAUAAUUCCAAAAUAUCCAUUGCAUCCUGGCUGUCUUCUCAUUCUGCCACUGCAGUCAAAAGCAGCAAUGUGCCACUAGAUGGCUAAAAUAAAAAUCACCCACCAACAAAUCUUAGGUCCAUUUUGUAUAUUAUUCUCCAUCAUACACAAUUGAAUGCAUCACAAGCAAGUAUCGGGGGUACGGAUUUGAUCAGGGAUGCUGGAAGUCAGUCAGAGUUGGGGGUGCUGAGAGAAAGUCUGUUUAAUCACGUCAUACAAAAUGCUGCGCGACAUUCAUGGUUUUUGCAUUAAUGUGAAUGGCCAGGAUCAUUUAUUUCUAAUGCAGGGCUAUCUAACAAACAGCCCAUUCAACCAGCGAUGGAGCCGUUCAUAUGAGACAGCUGUCACUCUGUUUGCUGUUAACAGAGUGACAGCUGUUAACAGAGACUCAAGUCUGCAGUGUAGUUCAUACACUGAUAAACCUGAGUAUUAUACAGUUACAUCAGGCUUCAUGAUCAAAUGAUCAGUUUCCACUUCUGCCUACAUGUAUGACUCUCUCUCUCAGGGAGAGAACAGCACCUUUAAACAUUAAAUUAGUAAAUCUAUAACCAAAUCACACAUCCUGUUGUACCAAUGGCCUAUAUGUGUCACUGUACAGUGGCAGUAAGUGCAUUCACCUUAUGUAGCCUCUCUGGGUCUGUCUGACCAUGUGCCCUGACGUCUUUGGUUACUUUGAUUCACCUGGGACACUCUAAACGCCCUAAAACACCUCAAUGUGUUGCAUGUGAUAGAUCCGACCUGCCUUGCCUUGGUUGGCAAUGAGGUGUAUUAUAGACUAUUAAUGAUAACCAACGGACAAAAAACAAAGUCAAACCUCUUUCCUACCACAAAUAGGCUACUAGUGCACUACGCAUAUAAAUCCCAGUAAAAAAGGAGAAAGUCGUUAUGAGUUUAACUGAUGUUUUUAUUAUGCCUGAUUUUAGAGGGUGCUGCAGCCCCCUCUUCGAGCCCCCUCAGCACCCCUACUUCCCUCGUCCAUGAGUUUAAUGAAAGACCCUGAAUGCAGCAUCACUGUACACCUGCUGAUGUUACUCAACCUUCAGGGUUUUCUAAGUACUGUUAGGUAAUAGACAGGAAAAGCAAUGGGACAGGAUAAUAACUAAUUACCCAACGUGCUAACAAACAGGCAACCAAGCAAAUAACAUUUUGACUAAAUAUCAACUGAGGUUUUCUACAGAUUUCAGCGAUCACUCCACAGGAUAUGACGUCGCCCUGUCCUGCCUCCACCUCUCGUCCAUCACAGCUCAGGGGAGUCUAGUUUAAUUGAACACCGUGGCCCUUUAAAAUCGCUAAAACACAGACAGCAAAAACAGUCAAUUUUCCAGACUUUCAGCUUUAAAAAUGGCACAGCUGCAGGCCUGUUUGCAGCCUGACAACAGCCGCCAUCGUCUGCGAAUCGGAUACUGCGAAGGACUUUGAGUGACUGCAGGCUUGCACCUAGCUAACGUUGCGCAGCUGUCUGAAACCAAAGCUAAUCGGCUAUCUAACGUUAGCUGUAGCGGCUCGCCAGGCCUUGCCAUAUGAUAUUGACGCACAUUACACAGGGACAAACCUCUACAGACAGCGAUUGGAUCAGCAAAAUCACCCCGUACCGUUGAAAUGGAUAAAGACGAAGCAGACCGGCUGAUAGAGAAGGCGAAGCUGUGUUUACGGUCAGGACGGAAAGAUCGGGCGCUGCAGCUGUUAUAUGAAGCCCAGAAUAUUUACCCCAGCACCCGGGCCAGAGUGUUGAUAGAUGCCAUAGUAAGGAAUGGAGGCACUGCUGCUCCAGAGGCGAACCACGUGCCCCCGCCAACGGGCUGGAGAGAUGAGGACAUUGGAAACAAUGAAAAAAGUAACGCGAGUGGUGAUGAAAAGAAGAGCUACACCGAGGAGCAACGCCAGGGUGUUCUCAGGAUAAAGAAUUGCAAGGACUUUUAUGAAAUCCUGGGUGUUUCCAAAAAUGCCAGCGAUGAAGAUUUGAAGAAGAUGUAUAGGAAGUUGGCUCUCAAGUUUCACCCUGACAAGAACUUUGCUCCAGGAGCCACAGAUGCUUUCAAAGCAAUAGGCAAUGCAUAUGCAGUGCUGAGCAAUCCAGAGAAGAGGCAGCAGUAUGAUCAAUAUGGAGAUCAAUCUACAGCUUCAAAUGCACCCCAACACUCCAGCCACAGUCGCCAUGGAUAUUACCGAAGCUUCCACCGAGACUUUGAGGCCGACAUUUCCCCCGAGGAACUCUUCAACAUCUUCUUUGGAGGAAGGUUUCCCACAGGAAAUAUCCACGUGUACACCAACCAGGGAGCCUCCUACUCUCAGUUCUAUCAGCCUCGUCGUCGACGUGCUUAUGAGAGGCGCGAGGAGGUGGUGGAGGACAACCAGAGUCAGAACACCUUCACAGCGUUCCUGCAGCUUCUCCCCGUGCUGGUGCUAAUCCUCAUAUCAGUGUUUACUCAGAUGAUGGCCACUAACCCGCCCUACAGUCUCUUCUAUAAGCCGGCCAUGGGGCUGGUGGUGUCCAGGGAAACGCAGCACAUGGGUGUACCAUACUAUGUGGAUAAAAGUUUUGAGAAGGAAUACCGUGGCGCAGCGCUGGAGGAACUAGAGAAAACCAUUGAGAGCGACUAUAUCGAACACCUGCAGAGCAGCUGCUGGAAAGAGAAACAGCAAAAAUCAGACUUGGCAAAUCUGGGACAACUGUACCGAGAUGAACGCUUAAAGCAGAAGGCAGAGUCGAUGAGGCUGGACAACUGUGAGAAACUGCAUCGAUUGGUGGGGCGUCAGAGAGGCAAAUGAGGACUGUUUGAGAGGAGAACACGUUUCUUUAGAGACUUUACAAUAACACAUUUUAUUGAUGUGUGUAAUUUAUCCAAUCUGGCCACUUUGUAAAGAAAUCUCUUUUAGGUACAGCGCAGUCAGUGGGAGAUUAUGCCGCUGGAAACAAUGUGCCUUCUCUCCUAUUUGAUGGUAAAAAAUAGAGUUGCAUGUUAGCUGCCACCCCUGGCUGUUGUGGUAGCAGCAUCACGUGCAAACUCACUGUGGCAGUGUGAUGUCUCAGAGCCUUUAAACUUUCUUAUAGAAAUGGCAUGACAUAUGGAGUCUCCCUUUGGGGUGAUGAAGGCAGGUAUAUGUUCACACAUACAUGUUUUAUUUGUUUUAGGUUUUGUGGUUUACCUGUAUUUAUUUUCUUGAAUGUUUGUGUGUCAACGUUGACAUUUUAGGUGUAUUUAUUUAAUAGUUUAUAGAGUGAAUGUUACUAUUUUUGUUUUCUGUAGGAAGUAAUUAAGUACAGUGACUUAAAUAAUACUGUAGACUUUGGACAAAUCUGAGCUUCUGUACUGUGAAAUAACAGAGGACCUUUUUAUUUAAUAUUUAAAACAUAGACAAAUCAGACAUUAGAAAGGACAUCUAUACUGUGGUUAAUCUGUCAAUUUGACCUCUGGCACUGUAGCAAUAGGAGGCACAGUAGAGUACAAUUUUACAAGACAUGACCACAGUUUUCUUUUCUUAAUGUGCUUAUUAUAAAAGGUUGUACUUGCCAAAAAAUGAGCUGUCUCCUACAGUAGAGCUUCCCGCUCCCUGCACUACUGCUUGCGUAGCCGUUUAUUGCAUUGGUCAUUGAGCUUCUGCCAUUGAGGAACCAGUGUUUUUGCUGCAGGCAUAUGUUUGAGCUGGAAGUGUGAGAAAUGACUGUUGUGUAUUGUAAAAAAGAGGCCAUAUUUUUGAAGAAGAUCUUUUGAUUUGUCACAAGCAGGGAGUCCACUUCAACCAAAAAGACCAUUCACAGCCCCGCACAGUGUUCUGGUGCACCUGGUAGAUGUGGGAAGCUCAAUUGUGAGCAAUAUCUGUAAGGUUGCCGGGGCUGACAUGGCAUACCUUCUUUUCUUAAAUCAUGCACAAGCUUAAAUAAUUUUGUUCUCAGAAAAAUGCUUUUCGGCCAAUAUUUAAAAAAAAAAAAGUUUUAUAAACCCUGCUUUUUUUUUUUUUUUUUUAAGUUAUACUGAUCUUUUCUGGGGGCAAAAAAGAAGACAUUGUUUUGACAUUGUGUUGACAUUUAGUUUUAAAAAUCUCAUCUUAAACAGAAUUAUCAAUUUUUAAAUAUUCUAAAAAAUAUCUGUGGACAUGAGCCACUUUCGUCCACCAGAAUUGUGACUUCUACUUGUCAGGUCUCGUCAUGAAUAGGACACUAACUUUGUGGAGUUGUUUAAGUUUAAUUGUUUAUACCAACCUCCAAUCAUUGAAACCCUAUACAGACAUUGAUACUUGUUGCUGUGCACUAAGACUGCCAAACUGCCUUAGCUGUUCUCAUACUUGUGAAAUAUUCAGGUUCAUCUCAAGCAUUUUUAAGUUAAUAUUUAAUCCUAUGUUCCAUAUUGUUACUGAUGCAUGCAACCUAGUUAGUGUUUUAUUAGUUACAUAUUUAUUUUGUGCGAACACAUCUUCAUGACUAAUGACUACACUAAAUGAUUAGAGUAUUCAGAUCCACACUGUAACUCACAAACAUGUAAAACCUUUACUGUGAUACACAAAUAUCAGGUUUUGGUGUCAGUCAGCGUGGCAGUACACUUGAGCAACACUGCAGAAUUCAGAUUUCAGCCACAAAUACCAGAAACAUUAAAGAUGUAACCAGAACAUG